AUGAAGAAGAAAUCCAAACUUGUCCAUCAACUUUCCCCUCCAUUGCCUCAUGAUCAUUCUAUGACGCGUUCGUCAACAAUAAAACAUAUCACAAUUUUUCACCAUGCACAAGUUGGGGUAUAUGAUGCAUCUGAACUCCAGGCCUUAGCCAUCUUAUGGCUUGCAAGAGGAGGAACGAAAUCAUCAAACUUGGAAAUUACAUCAUCUUUUCAAUUUCAUUUGCAUAGGCCUUAUGGAUUAUCACUCAAAAAAUCUCUACAUAUAUUUAUGCAGAAGAGAAGAAAUAGGAUUAACCAACCUAUUCAUGAAAAUAAAAAACAAACCUAGCCAUCAAGAAUUUAUGAUGAUCAUGUUGAUUAUUAUAUUGAUCAC